CCGAGCACCGGAAGCACGUGUCCGCGGGGCGGGGGCCGCGGCACUCCCGGCUCUCCCGCCCCCUAAGGCGGUUUCCGCGGCGAACUCGGGGCGCGGCGACAACGCGCGCCCACCCGGCGCCCCCGGAGCGACGGAACCAUGUUGACUGCGUUGGGCCUGCUGGUCUCAGAAGGCAGCUCAGACCGCUAGGUCCCGGGUUCGGGUCCUGCGGUGCCAGCCGGUUGUAGAGGAGCUGAGAGCCUCACGCAGGCAGGAUGGCCCUGGUGCCCUACGUGGAGAACGCAGGGAUGGGACUGCAGAAAUUCCACCAGCCUCUCGCCACCUUCUCUUUUGCCAGCCACACGAUUCAGAUUCGGCAGGACUGGAGGCAGUUGGGAGUCGCAGCAGUGGUUUGGGACGCGGCUGUCGUUCUUUCCACAUACCUGGAGAUGGGAGCCAUGGAGCUCAGGGGCUGCUCUGCUGUGGAGCUAGGUGCUGGCACUGGGCUGGUGGGCAUAGUGGCUGCCUUGCUGGGUGCUCAUGUUACUAUCACAGAUCGAAAAGUAGCAUUAGAAUUCCUGAAGUCAAACGUUCAAGCCAACUUACCUGUUCAUGUUCAGCCCAGAGCCAUUGUUAAAGAGCUGACUUGGGGACAGUUGGAGAACUUUUUACCUGGAGAAUUUGACCUCAUACUUGGAGCUGAUAUCAUCUACUUAGAAGAAACAUUCACAGAGCUCCUUCAAACACUGGAAUAUCUUUGCAGUAACCACUCUGUGAUUCUUCUAGCUUGCCGGAUUCGCUAUGAACGGGAUAAUAAGUUUUUAUCAAUGCUGGAGAAGCAAUUCACUGUGAGUCAAGUUCACUAUGACCCAGAAAAAGAUGUAUACAUUUACAGAGCACAAAAAAGAAGCCAGAGGGAAGACUUGUAGUUGACUUUAAUUUAUGAGUGUUGUCAUUGAAUGUGUCAGCUAAGAUCUUGGACUGGAAAUCUACCGUCAUUCAUGAAAUUGUUUACUGUACAAAAAGUCUACUGAAAGCCUCUCAAGUUCAUGUACAGUUUCCAAACAGAGCAGCACUUUGUCCAGUUGUGACUUUCUUAGUGAUGUACUCACUUUGGUAUUGAUCUCACAUUAAAGGUUUCUUCUGUAUCUCUUA